AUGAAUAUCAGAUGCAGAGAGUCUGUUUGCAGGAACCUCUUCGGACCAGUGGACCACGACCAGCUGCGUCAGGACUUACAACUGAAACUGAAGGAGAUGAUGUCGCAGGACAGCCAGCGUUGGAACUUCAACUUCCAAUCUGAGACGCCGCAGCUUGGCAGAUUUCAGUGGGAGGAAAUACUUGCAGGUCGUGCCGCCUCUUUCUAUCAGGAGUCCCCACAGCCAGUGGUUGAAGUUAAUUCUCCAAGAACUGAGGACGGUGGUAGUGAGAACAAUAAUGAUGAACACCUUGGCACAAACCAAGAAAACUAUUUAAGUGUGUCCAACACACUGAAGCAUCCUGCUGAAAGAAUGCCUACAAGAACAAAGCGGUCACUCUCCAAACCUGUAGCAAAGUCCAAUGAUGCAAGAAUUACAGAUUACUUUGCAAAGAGAAGACGGUCAACAGAAGCUAAAAGCAUCGUCAGUCUUUUUCACACCAAUUUCAACAAGGAAACUCAGUGCGGGACAAUAAGAUGA